CUCUAGCCCUUUAAGAGAGAAAAUUGACUUUGUAAUCUGAGCGAAUUCCUCCUUUCUGACAGGCGGGAGAAGUUACAGGUCCCUCCCUCGUUCCCUUUUAUUAAAUAUAGUAGUAGCAGCAGCCUCGCCUGGAAGCAGGCGCUGGUGGAGGCUGUGCCGUGCCCGGAGCCCGAGCCGCUGCACCAGCCCCGGGAACACCAUGGGUACUCAAGGUGGCAUUGCCACCCUGCUGCUGCUGCUGCUGCUGGCCUGUCAGCCCCAGCCCCUCCGUGCAGGACCCCUGGCUGGAGCCUCUUUCUUCGGGGACGGCUACGUGGAGAUGCCGCUGGCGGAUUCCUCGCGCACGGUGCGGCUCCAGCUGCGGCUGUACACCAGCCAGGGGAAUGGGCUGCUCUUCCUGGCCGCUGGCCAGCCCGACCACCUCCUGCUCCAGCUGCGGGCCAGCAGACUGCAGGCCAGGCUGCGGCUGGGCUCGGAGGAGGUGACCCUGUACUCCCCAGAGGACCUGCAGUUCAAUAACCUGGCGGUGCACGAUGUUGAGCUGCUGGUGGAAGAUGGCAGGAUGACACUGACCAUCGACAGCCACAUCAACAGCUCAGUGGACAUCCCAGGGCCCGUACGGGAGCUGGACAUCCAGUACGGCCUCUAUGCUGGUGGGACAGGCAGCCUUGACCUGCCGUACCUCGCUGAGGCCAGCUCACCCUUCAGAGGUUGUCUCCACUUAGUGACAUUCAACGGCCUGGAUGUCCUCUCCCGUCUGUCCUCAGAUGGCAGCUCAAAGAUCUUCCACCGGGUUCAGGAAGGGUGCAGCACACAGUUCUCUGCAGAUCCUGAAGACCCCUUUGGGUUCCUGGGGCCACACUCCUACAUUGCAUUUCCUACAUGGGAUGCGAGUGAAGAAGCAACCAUUGAGUUUGUGAUAACAACGAGCAUCACCCAGGCACCCCUCAUCUACCACGCAGGGCUGGAGAAUGACUUCUUCUACUUGGAGAUCUCCAAUGGGCGCCUGAGAGGGUUUGUUGAGAAGGGGAACGGCAUCAUCAUCCUGCACAACAAUGUCUUCAUCAGCGAUGAGCAACAGCAUUAUGUCAAAGUCUACACAGACAUCCACAAGUUUGAGAUACUGAUAGAUUACUACGCCUCAUCCACAUCCAACCGGGGCAUCAACAACUACCUGGACCUUCAGGGAAACCUAUUCAUCGGAGGCAUGAAUGAAAAAGCCUUGCAAAGGCUGAGGGAGCACCAUCUUGCUUUCAUCUCAGUGUGGACCAUGACCAACAACUCAUUUGUUGGCUGCUUGGAGGACCUGCGGAUAAAUCAGCAGAGGAGGAGUCUGCAAGACGCGGUGAUCACAAAAGACAUCACAUCAGGCUGUGGAAAGCAGGACCACUACUGGGACUAUGACGAGGUGUACGAGCAGGAUGAGGCACCCACUUCACCACCUCCAGAUGUCUGGUCAGGAGCACCAGGCCUGGUGGUGGAACCAUGCCGGCCAGACAACAGCUUCCCACCGGCCUUCGCCAACAUCAGCAGGCUGCUGCACGUCAGCCCCCUCAUCGUCUCUGAAGGAGGCAUGGCUUAUCUGGAGUGGAAACAUGCCCAGCCAACAGUGGACUUGAGCCUUGCGAACAUCCGCCAGUCCCAAAUCCUCUUCAGCAUCACCAAUGACCCCAGGCACGGCCAGCUGGAGCUGGACAUUCCUGGGUCCAGGAGCAGAAGGAAGUUCACCUUAUUGGACAUUGUGAAUCGGAAAGUCAGAUAUGUUCACGAUGGUUCUGAGGGGCCCAUGGACCAACUGAUGCUGGAGGUGACAGUGACUGCCCAGCAAGGCGUCCCAGAGUGCUUGCGGCAGGGGCAGAUGUACCUGCUGCCCAUCAUGAUCAACCCCAUCAAUGAUGCCCCACAAGUGAUUUUUCCCCAUGGGAAUCACAUGACAAUCCUGAAGCAUACACGGAAGCACCUGACCACAGACAUCCUGCAAGUCCUAGAUGAUGACACAUCCUGUGAUGACCUCGAAUUCCAGCUGCACGGUGGCCAGCAGAUGGAGGAGGGCUAUGUGGAAUACGACUUCCACCCUGGAGUGCCCAUUGAAGAGUUCUCCUGCAGGGACCUGGAAGCGGGCAAUGUGGUCUACGUGCACCAGAGCGGGACAAACUCACAGCUCACCUUGCAGGUGAGUGAUGGCACCAUCCCAAGCCCCAUUGCCACCCUGAGGAUCCUCGCCAUUGACCCUGACAUCCACCUGCACAACAACACUGGCCUCUCCAUCUCCCAAGGAGAGGCUGCACGCAUUACCACAGCCAACCUUUCAGUGGAGACAAAUGCUGUGAAACAACGGGUCGCCAUCCUCUAUGUCCUCAGAGAGCCUCUGAGGUAUGGUGAGAUCCAGAAGCAAGUGAGCAUGGGAGGGGAAUGGAAAAAAGUUGAGUCCUUCCACCAGCAAGACCUGGAACAAGGGCGCAUCCAGUAUUUCAGCACAGACCCAGAAUACCGGCUAGAAGAUGUUGUGGAGAAGCUGACAUUCGAAGUCCAGGUGGGGCAGAAGGUCUUACAAGACAACACCUUUUUCAUAAGGAUUAAAAGAGCCACAAUUAAGAUGAAGACCAUGGUCCCCCUCCAGAUGAAGAACAGGCGGCACAGAAAUAUCACCAGUAAGGAGCUGGAGGCAAUGUUAGAAGAUCCAAAUGCUGCCCCGGUCCCCUUCCGCUACUUGGUCAUCCAGGCUCCCAAAAAGGGAAACUUGGAGCUGCUUGGCAACAGGCUGACCGAAGGCUUUGGAUUUACCCAAGAUGACCUGCAAAAAAACCACCUGAGCUACAGUGCAACCAUCAGGAAUUCUCAGCAAGCCCAGGACACCUUCCAGUUUCGCGUCCAUGCCGGUAAGCAGCACUCUCCUGUCUACACCUACACAAUCAGCAUCGGUGGGGACCCUGAUGCUCCAGCCCUGACCAACGUCCUCCUCACCGUGCCGGAAGGCGGGCAGGCAGUCAUCACCAAGGACCACUUGUUUGUGCAGAGCAUGAACAGCAUGGACUACCUCUACGAAGUGAUUGAGGGGCCAGCACACGGUAGGCUGGCCUGGGCUGCGUCCCACAGCUGGGCCUCCAGAGAAGAGAUCACAGAGUUCACCAACGAUGACAUCCUGCACCACCGGCUGCUGUACCAGCAUGACGACUCCGAGACGCUAGAGGAUGACAUCCCCUUCGUAGCCAUCAGGCAGGGAGAGGGUAGCGCUGAGCCUGAUGCAGAGGAGGUGAGAGGUGUUUUUAGAGUCUCCAUCCAACCUGUAAAUGACCAUGCCCCAGUUCAGGUGGUGAACAAAGUAUUCAAUGUGGUGCGCAAUGGGCAGCACCUGCUGACAACAGAUGACAUUGCCUUUACUGACAAGGACUCUGGCUUCUCUGACACACAGCUGGUGCUGGCAAGGAAGGACAUUUUGUUUGGCAGCAUCGUGUCUGUUGAUGACAGAACUCACCAGGUCUAUCGGUUCACACAGGAUGACUUGAGGAAGAAGAAGAUCCUUUUUGUUCAUUCAGGGGCUGACCGGGGCUGGAUCCAGCUACAGGUCUCAGAUGGCCUCCACCAAACCACAGCCCUCCUGGAAGUACAGGCUUCAGACCCCUACAUCAAAAUAGUCAACAACACCGGUCUGGUCAUCCACCAAGGGAGCCAAGGGAACAUUGACGCAUCUGUCCUCAGCCUGGAAACCAACAUGGACAUCAGGUCAGAUGAAGAGAUACGGUUCCUGAUAACAACCCCCCCCAAAUGGGGGACUGUGCUGAGAGGGGAACAGCCAGUCAUGGCCUUCUCCCAGAGGGACCUGCUGGCAGGACUGAUCUCCUACCGCCACAAUGGGAGCAGGAACAGCCAAGAUGAGCUCCAGUUCACUGUAGAAGCAAAUGAAGUGGUGGUGGAGGACACACUGGCCAUCAGCGUGUUCUUGGACACCCAUCCCAGCCCCCUGCGCAUAGUCAACCACAAGGAGAUCCACGUCUUCCAGGGGGAAGCAGCUGGGAUCAAGGAGGAGUACCUACUGGUGACUCAUGAAGAGAUUCCUCCCCAAGACAUAGUCUACCUCGUGAGCAGCCCACCAGCUUCUGGCUUCUUGGCAAUGCUUCAGCACAGCCGAGACUCGAAUGAGCAGCCCAGCCUGGACCCCAUCCAGUCUUUCACUCAGGAGGACAUCAACAAUGACAGAGUCCUCUACCUCCACUCUAAGCCCAAGGAGGAGCGUGACCAGUUUGUUGUGGACAUCACAGCCGGCAGUGCGGACCCGCUGGAGGGGGUGGUGGUGAGCCUGGCAGUGCUCCCCAUCACCAUCCCCCUGGAUGUCCGCAACAUCACAGUGCCAGGAGGUGGCUCUGCUACCCUCUCCAAGGGCAUCCUCAACAUCCCCAACACCUACUACGCAGCUCUUGGUGUGGAGUUCAGGGUGCUUGAGCCCCCCCGGUUCGGCACCCUCCUGAACAGCCAGCGGCCUGAGGAUGGUGGACUGCACAGCUUCACCUGGAGCCAGGUGGAGAACCAGCAGAUCCAGUACAGGCAGGACGGCCCCCGGGCCCAGGCCGACAGCUUCACCCUCCUGGCCAACGCCUCGGCGAUGGAGCGGCAGAGCCAGCCCAGGACCCUCUUCAUUGCCAUCCUGCCCCGCAGCUCCCGGGCGCCCCGGCUGAGGCUCAACGCCGGGCUGCAGCUGCGGGAAGGUGCCACAGCUGCCAUCGGCCCCCAUGUCCUGAGUGCCGAAGACGAGGACUCCUCGGCGGAAGAGGUGACGUACUCCAUCCAGCCCCCUGCCAACGGGAAGGUGGUGCUGAGGUCAGCACCCGGCACUGAGGUCCGACGCUUCACUCAAGCCCAGAUCAACAACGGCCUCAUCUUCUUCGUGCACCAAGGGCCCAUGGAUGGAGGCUUUGCCUUCGACCUGUGGGACGGUGAGAACCUAUCUCCUGGGCACUUCUUCCUCAUCAGAGCCCACAGAGAGCCCCUCAUCAGUCUGGCCAAGAAGCAGAGCCUCACUGUCUGCCCAGGUGCCUUGCAGCCCCUCACCAGCCAGAACCUGCAGGCAGUGAGCUCCAGCCCCACAGGUUCCACCACCCUGUACUACAGCAUCGAGCAAGCCCCGCGCCUGGGCAGGCUCAGCACCUCCCGGGGUGAGGAAAUCAGGAACUUCACCCAAGCCCAGGUGGAUAGUGGGUUGAUCUUCUACCAGCAUGAGAUGCCAGAGGAGCCAUUCUGGCUGGCCCAAGAUGCCAUCCACUUCCGCGUGGUCUCUCCUACCACCAUCUCUGAUUCCUUCAUCCUCCUCGUGCUGAUCUCCUUUGAGGCCAGGUGUCCCCAGCGCUCCACUCAGCUCUGGAGAAACACAGGUCUCCAGCUCACAAGGGCUCAACGGGCUGAGAUCGGCACCUCAGUGCUGGACGCCUCCAACCUCCUAAGCCAAAUCUCAGUCCCUGAGAGGGCUGCACAUGACGUUGUCUUCCUGGUGACAGAGCUGCCAGCUCAUGGGCAGCUCUUAGUGGCUGGUGUGCCCCUGGAGCAGUCACAGCCACUCUUCCUGCAGUCAGAUCUGGCCACAGGACGCCUGGCGUAUGCCCAUGGUGGUGAGGGCGUCUCUGAAGACCGUUUCAGAUUUAAGGCUUGGCUCCAGCCACGGAUGCAGCAGUCCAUCCAUCCUCCUCAGGAAGGGGUGGUCAUCUCCGAAGCUUUCAAUAUAACGGUGACCAGCAGCGGCAGCACCAAGGCACCGCAGGUGGUGAGGCGGCGGGAAGUGCUGCGGGUCCCACCAGGCUCUGUGGUGACCUUGUCCCAGGAGUACCUGGAUGUGACAGACUCACCAGGUUCCCCACAGGACAUGGUGUACAGUGUCCACCAGAGACCCCUCGCUGGCCACCUGGCCAAUGCACACAACCCACGGGAGCCCAUCAACCGCUUCACCCAAGCAGAUGUCAACGCAGGCCAUGUGGUGUUUGUUGCUACCAGGAGCCGUGCCACAGGGUCCUUGGCUCUGAGCCUCUCCGAUGGCCACCACCCACCCACCUUGACCUCGCUGGAGAUCGAGGUGCUGCCAUCAGUGAGUACUGCUGCCAGCCCGGUGCUGCUGGAGGUGCCCCAAGCCCUGAACAGAGCCACCAUGUCCCACCGUCACCUCCUGGGAGCCUCACAGCGAGGAACAGGCAACACCUUGUACAGGAUCACCAGGGACCCAAGGUUUGGCCAAGUGCAGGUCAACCAAAGGCCAGCACGAGGCUUCUCACAGAAGCAGCUGGACCGUGGGGAGGUGACGUUCACCUUCACUGACCUCACCUCUCCUGAGGACAACUUCCAGUUCCUUGCCACGUCGCGGGCAGCCAACAGGACCGGGAUGGUGAACGUGACUGUCCGUGCCUUGGUGAAGGCUCAGCCGGGCAGUGUGUGGCCCAGGGGCACCACGGCCCUCCUGGACACCGGUAUUCUUGAUGCCAGUGAACUGGCCAACCACACCAGGAGUGUCCCAGUCUUCAAGAUCCACAGGGUGCCCCGUGGCAGCCGUCUUGUGAGGGUCUCCAGGGAUCCAGGACAACCCACCACUCCGAUUGAGACUUUCAGCCAGAGCGAGCUGGAGCAGGGGCUGGUUGGGCUGGAGGUGCUGGAUGCUGGGGAGGCUGACCAGCCCCUGCAGAGUGACAGCUUUGUCUUUGAGCUGGCAGCUGCUGGUGUGCCGCCAGCCCUGGCAUCCCUGGGCUACAGCACUGAGCCCUACAAUGCCUCGAAAGCCUACAGUGUCACCCUGCUCACAGGCCUCCCAGCACCCCCACCCCAGGGCACAGCACGGAGCCACCCCAACAGCAGCGAGCUGGGAAUGCCCCCCACCACCUGGCCCAUCCCUGGUGCCACCACCAGUCCCAGCCCCGUAGAGGGGGGCACCUUCCUCAGCUUCAUUGAGGCCAACAUGUUCAGCAUCAUCAUCCCCAUCUGCCUCAUCUUCCUCCUGCUGGCUCUCAUCCUGCCCCUGCUCUUCUACCUGCACAAGCGCAACAAGACGGGGAAGCACCAUGUCCAGGGCAUCCCCAACUCCAAGGCCAAGAACGGGGCUGUGCCAGACCAGGAGACCUUCCGGAGGACGGACCCCAACCAAGGCAUCCCCCUAACAACUGUCAAUGCCCUGGAGGGCAAGGGCACAGGUCCCCCACCCCAGGGCACAGGUCCUGGGGCACCACCGGACCCCGAGCUCCUCCAGUACUGCCAGACUUCCAACCCCCCCUUGAAAAACAACCAGUACUGGGUGUGAAGGGCUCAGGCACAGGGACACGAGCCCACCUGGGGUCCCAGACCCUCCCAGAGCACUGCCGGCUACCUCCUCCUGGCUCUCCUCCUCCCUGGGAGCUGGCAUCCUGCAGAUGCAGGGGGACCCUGGGGACAGGGGGGCUGCCGGUCCAGCCCACCUGGGAGCCCCAAUCUCCAGGUGGCUUUGGGCAGGGGAUGAAGGCAUUGCAUAAGCAAGGGGGAGUUGGCAAAAUGCCCGAGCAUCCUGAGGGAGCGCUGACUUUGGGUGUUCAUUUGGGCCACCCAACAGUGGCCAUGGUGCUGGAGGGGACGUGACAGAACUAGUCCCCACUGAGCCAUCGGUGGCUCCUCCAUGGGGGUGUUUGCCACAGCUCUCCACGGACAAGGGAGAAUGAGGAGCGGCUUGUGCUGAGUCAGGCUGGGGAUGAAGCUACCCAAAUCCCCCAGGGCUAGACAGGCUGAGACACUGGAGCAGAGGCUCGGAAAAAACUCUGUGGCCAAUGCCAGGAGAAUUUAAGGAGUCCCACCCACUUGGAAAAAAACCCGCCUCGCUCUUUCUCUGCAUGCUUGCUGCGUGUUUCAUAAAGCAGAUUGCACCGAGCCCCGGGGGGGUUGCACAACAGGUAGAUCGCCCUUGGCAGGGGGGGACGGCAGGCGCUCACCUGGGCAGCGUGAAACCGGAGAGGAGAGCGGAGAACCGGAGCCAGCGCGGUUUUCCACUGUAUACUGCUCCAGAAGUAAACAGAAUAGAGUGCCUUUUCCGAGGUGCAUCAUGGUUUUUGUAAGCCACCUCCCUCAUGUCGCCGCUCCUUGCCAGGCCUUCGUCAAGGCCAGCAAGCUGCCGAGUGACAUUUGGAGGUAGUGGACCAAAUUCUGGGCUCUUGCUCAAAUUUUCCUCAGCCUGGACUCCUAAAAGCUUAAAUAGAAAUUAUCUGAGGAAGAGCAGAGGAAAAACUGAGCGCUGAGCUCAGGAUGAGACCCAACAAUAACACCCUGCACUGCUACAUCUGGGAAGCUCAUCACAAGGCACGUCCCGCUCUCUCAACACCGAUGGGAAGCUGCAACAAGUCCCCAGGGGGAUGUUUUACACUUGUAAUCCCCACACCCAGGGUAAAAGCCAUCCCACGAUCCACAGCAAACCAGCACCCUGGGGUGACCCCACUCCAGGGCUCUGGCAGAGCUGGAAUAUUUGCUUGCACCAUGCCGGCGGUUUUCCUGGCUGCUUUUAUGGUGCCAAAUAUCUGCCGAGUGGUAAAUCAUACCUGCCCCGCUCGAGCUGGUGGGUGCUGGCACGUCCCACCAAGCAACCAGAGCCACUGGGGUGCAAGCAGGCAGCCCCGACCCCCCGCCCCGCAUGUGCCUCAGUCCCCGCUUCCCCAUCCCAUUCUAGCACGUUUAUUAUUCUCUUCGCUAAGUGCACACCCCCCAGCACGGGAUGGGGUUUUGUGGAGAAGCUGGUGGCACCCACCGAGGGCCCCCCUGGAAGCAUCCGACAUGUUUUCCUUUCAAAUGAUUUUCGCCUCGUGCCCAGGGAUUAAAUAGAAGGAACAUGGCCUAUUUUGUGAGGAGCAUUGAAAGCAAGGCAGGUUAUUUUUAAGGCUUGCGGUUGUAUUCCUGCUGCUGGGAAACAUCCACUUCCCGAGGUCAGGGGAGGACAGGCAGUAACCUGGAAAACGCCGGUGCAGAUCGCGGCUCUGCAGGGCCAAGCUCUGCUGGAGGAGUUUAAACCCCGAACAAAGCCGAUGGCUCCGCUGGGGCUGUUGGGGGUUUGCAGCAGGAUGGCAGGGGCAGGAUCCAGCCCAGCCUGGUGCUGCCCAUCUCCAGCCACCCUCCUGGGGAAGGGCUGUGGGUCUGGGGGAGCAGAGUUAAACCACAGCCUAAACAAGCCCUUUGGCUUCCCUGUGCCAGGAGCUGGUGCAGCAUUGCUGCCUUACCUGGAGCCCCACGGGCUUUGCACCCAACCAGGACAUGGCAGUAAAGCUGCCUGCUCACACAGAGGUGUAGCCCCUCCCUCAUCACCCCAAUUUGGGCCAGAACCAUUCGGAUCUGGGGGGCUUUGGGGGUGACAGGACCUGGGCUGCACCCCUCCAUGCCGAACUGGUUACAAAGCUUGCAAAGGUUUAGGGAAGGUGCUUACAGCUACUCUGCCAGAUGUGUCGUUCCUCUCCCCCACUCGGGCCAGAUGUGCACAGCUGUGCCCAUGAACUCACAUGCCCCGCUCCCGGGGAGCAGCUGCCAGGUCUCCCCCCAACACCUCCCCACCUCCUCCUGCACCUCCAGCCGCUGGUGUUUCCCCAAGUGUCUCACACCUACAUCCAUCCUCCACCUCCUACCCUCAUGUCACUAAGGGAAAAUGUGGAGUGGCAGAAAGCAGGGCAGGAGUCAGAAGACACCAAGAUAUGGAGACAAAAGACCGUGAGGGAGCCACAGUGACUCACAGAGGUGUGACAGGAUGGAGACGAGAGACCAUACAUGCCACCACCUCCUAAAUGGUAGGAAAAGGCACCUCAAAAGCAAGGACAUCACCAAGUAGAGCCACUCAGAAGGUGUGAGGAGGACUUGACAGCUGGUGUCCUUUGUCCACUGUACCACUUCCAGACACCUUGAGUUGACCACCUGGAUAAAAACUUCUCAGUGACUGCUUACCUGGUUACCAGCGCAGUGACAUGGGGGCUUACAAGUGGUAAAAGUAUCUGUGAGUUUCACUUCUAUUUUGUUCUUAAUUAGAAGUCACUCUUUCUUCUCUAAGCCCCAGAAGCAGGGAGUUUCUCCUCCCCUGCUGGGAAGCCCCCGCAGCUGGAUACCAGGGCAGGAUCCAUCGGAAGUCCCUGCAGCCCUGCUGGAAUUUCAGCCUGGUGCUGGGAUUAAUGCCCCAAUUUGAGCUCAGAUCAGCAGAGACAAAGGCAUCAGCACCAUGGCACAGCUGAGGGAGAAGGCAGCCUCGCUGGUCCAAAACCUCUCCUGGGUUAAAACCAAGACUGGCAUCAUGUUACCAGCCCUCAGCAGGAUCUGGGGACACCAGAGCUGGCAGGUGGGGAUGGACGCACAGCAGGAGGAGAGUCUGGCACAGGUCUGGUGACAUGAGCCAGUUUCCAGGCACCUAUUCAAAUGCAAAUAAAUAAUAGGCCAAACAGGUUUCUUUCAGCAUCCAUCCAGGGCAGAUAGGAUCAGUUGACUUUGAAACCCUCCCCAGAAGCCUCAGCCAUGCAAAUGCAGGGGUUCAACAAACCAGAGGCUUUGUCCCCAGCCAGGCUUCAGGCCAGCAUGUCCAAGCCCUGCACACAGGACAAGGAUCCACACAAGCAUCGUGGCCCCAGUCUCCAAACUCCUCUGCUGCUGCGGACUACCACAACAAGAGGUCCUUGUCAUCACAGGCUGCAGGACCUUGUGACAAUGUUGUCCACAUUGCUCCUGGAGACAGAGGCACAGCAAGUGCAUGAACUCCAAGUUCACACAGACAGCUCUGCCCUGUUUUGGGGAGGCCAAGUGUGGUCCCAGGGCUCCCACCUCAUUGUCCCCAUCUCAGCCCUCCGUGGCAGCUCUCAGCAGCCCCAGCAGAGGCUCUGGGUGUUGCUAGGAGCCAAGAGAAACAUGCUAUGGUCUCUGCAGGGGGCACAGGUUGUGCUCCUGGAUGGUAGGUGAUGAGGAGAGGUCUCUAGGAGAGCCUGCCUGGGGAGGCAGGAGGACACCUCUCCCUCCCAAAGCAGGUGAAGGACCUGACCAGGGGUGGCCAGGUCCUCCUGGGAGCUGCCCCACAUGGGAAACUGAGCUAGAGCUCAGGCUGGCUGUCAUGGAAGGAUUUUUUACAUGGCUUUGAUUUAGCAGUAAUUUGAAAUUUACUGAGGUAGAUCAUAAGUUUAAUACAGGAUUUCUAAUAACUCAUAAUUGACAUCUGAUUAAUAAAGUGAUUUAAAGCAA